UGGGCCUUAGACCCCUGCACAUACUCUGGCCAUUUUCCUCCUCCCUUUGGGCCUAAUCAGACUGUGCCUGACCCCGCCAGGUCGCGGACUGAACGGGGGCACUCCCUCCUUGGCCCUAGCACUCCCUAGCCACCUCUCGGAGUGGAGCCAGGCUAUCUGUGAAGUACCUUCCCCUUGAUCCCCAACCGCCUCCAGGUCUCUCCGAGGCUCCCCAUGAGCCUCCACUACUAAUGAUUGCUUGGGGCUUGUUGGCUAUGUCGAGAAUUUUAAGGUCUUCUUGAGUUUUCCAGUUUAAGUGGCUGGGUGGAGACUUUGGAGAAAUUGCUCAACUUGUGUUUGUACAACUUCUCAUCUGUAAUUUGAGAGAGAAAUAAGUCGUAUCUCUAAGCCUCUCUUCAGCUUUAAAUUCGAAGAUUCUCAGAUUCUGUUGUAUAUUGAAUGUUGAUGUCCUGAUGGUGGGCAGAAUCCUCAGAACAUUUCAGAUCAAUGACAAAAUUUUAAAUAAUUUCAUUUGGCUCAUUACGCACUGUUCAUUAUCAUUCAUCUUUUGAAACUGAAUAGAACUGGAAGUUCAGGUUUAAGUGACAAAUCACAGUAACACAAUAUUAGUUAAACCACUUCAAAGUGUUAACUUGAGGAAUCUCAAUAUUUGAUAAUGUUGAAUCUUUAGAAAUUCAGUUCAGCAGACACUGCUGGAGUAUUUCUGAGAGCAUAUUUAAAAUGUAGAUAAGGGCUGGGGCUGUAGCUCAGUGGUAGAGCGCUUGCCUCACAUGUGGAAGGCAUUGGGUUCAAUCCUCAGCACCACAUAAAAAUAAAACAUCACAUAAAAAUAAAAUAAAGGUAUUGUGUCCAUCUACAACUAAAAAAAUUUUAAAAAAUGUAGAUGAGUUUAUUGGAGAGAAUUGAUGUUAAGACUUUGCACACAUAGUUAAUUUGUAUUUUCUGAGUUUGCAGGUGAAAUCUGCAACUCAGAUUAAGGAUGGCUUCCCAUUGUAUAGUUGAGGUUUCUGGAGCCCUGGGCAUCUUCAUUUGUAAGCUAAGGAAGAUUUUUAACUACAUCUCUAAGAUUCUUUAGCUAUAAAAGUCUAAGAAUCUGGGGCUUGGGAUAUUGGCUCAGUUGGUAGAGUGCUUGCCUUGCAUACACAAGGCCCUGGGUUCAUUCCCCAGCACCACAAAAAUAAAUAAAUAAAUAAAAUCUCUCUUUCUGUUUGAUGUGGAACAUUCAUUAAAAAAAAAAAAGUCUAAGAGUCUGUAGUAAUAUUGAAUGAGCAUUUCACAUUGAUAUGGCUUUAGGGGAUCCCUGAGAUAUACAUUUCUCACUUUAGAUAUAGGAACUGACUGGAGAUGGAGACUGUCUCUACUUUGGCCUUAUUUUCAGACUCCACAUUGAAAGGAGAGCACUCAGGGAAGAAGGGCCUACAUAAAGAAAGUUUAAGAAAAAAAUGAAGGGAGCAGUUUGAUUAUCACCAUCCUUGAAUAAGGAAGGAGAAAAUAUGGAUUUUCCACAGCAUGAACUCCAGGUAACAGGAUACAUAACUGGGUUGCUCUUAAGAACUGAUGCCUAAAUCACCUCAGCAUGGCCUGUAGUGGAGGAGGUGGGCAUGGCCAGCCUUCCUCAGCUAUACUCUCCCCGGUUACCCCUGGAAGUCUUUCCACUUCUAGAACCCGUGCCCAUAGCAUAUGCAUGGUGUCUGACUUUUUCUACCCAAACAUGGGAGGCGUGGAGAGCCAUAUUUACCAGCUCUCUCAGUGCCUGAUUGAAAGAGGGCACAAGGUCAUAAUUGUCACCCAUGCUUACGGAAAUCGAAAAGGCAUCCGUUACCUCACUAAUGGCCUCAAAGUCUAUUACUUGCCUCUGAAAGUCAUGUACAACCAAUCUACAGCCACGACCCUCUUUCACAGUCUGCCAUUGCUCAGGUACAUAUUUGUUCGGGAGAGAGUCACCAUAAUCCAUUCCCAUAGUUCUUUUUCUGCCAUGGCCCAUGAUGCUCUCUUCCACGCCAAGACAAUGGGGCUCCAGACAGUCUUCACGGACCAUUCCCUUUUUGGAUUUGCUGAUGUCAGCUCGGUGCUUACAAACAAGCUUCUAACUGUAUCUCUUUGUGACACAAACCACAUCAUUUGUGUCUCUUAUACUAGUAAGGAAAAUACUGUAUUAAGAGCAGCACUGAAUCCUGAAAUAGUGUCCGUCAUUCCUAAUGCAGUAGAUCCUACUGACUUCACUCCAGACCCAUUUAGGAGGCAUGAUAGUGUAAUAACUAUUGUUGUUGUCAGCAGACUUGUUUACAGAAAAGGAACCGAUUUGCUUAGUGGCAUAAUACCUGAACUCUGUCAGAAAUAUCCAGAUUUAAAUUUCAUAAUUGGAGGAGAGGGACCAAAGAGAAUCAUUUUGGAAGAAGUACGAGAAAGAUACCAGCUACAUGACAGGGUGCGUCUUUUGGGAGCAUUAGAACACAAGGAUGUUAGAAAUGUCUUAGUUCAAGGACAUAUUUUUCUUAAUACGUCCCUUACCGAAGCAUUCUGCAUGGCGAUCGUGGAAGCAGCAAGUUGUGGUUUACAGGUUGUAAGUACCAGGGUUGGUGGAAUUCCUGAGGUGCUUCCAGAAGAUCUUAUUAUUUUGUGUGAGCCUUCAGUAAAAUCUUUGUGCAAAGGGUUGGAGAAAGCUAUUUUACAACAGAAGUCGGGGGCAUUGCCAGCUCCAGAAAAUAUCCAUAACAUAGUAAAGACUUUCUACACCUGGAGGAAUGUUGCAGAAAGAACUGAAAAAGUGUACGAACGGGUGUCGGGGGAAGCCGUGCUGCCGAUGGACAAGCGACUGGACAGGCUCAUCUCUCACUGUGGCCCAGUAACAGGCUAUAUUUUUGCUUUUUUAGCUGUGCUUGACUAUCUCCUCCUUGUUUUCCUGAGGUGGAUGACUCCAGAUUCUAUCAUUGAUGUUGCAAUGGAUGCCACGGGGCCAAGCGGUGCCUGGACUCAUCAAAAUCCUGACACUACACAAAGGGUUGAGAAUGAUGAGGUUUUAGACACACCCAGAUAGAAUAGAAAACCCAGGUUGUAAAGUUUUAAACAUUUGUAAUAAUUCUAUUAAGGUGAUUGAAAAUAACCUUGCUUUGUUUGUUUUUGAUUGUUAAUUUUAGCAAGUUAUGCUACCUCUAUAUCAUUCGAUAUUUUCUUUUGAGGAAAGAAAAACUUAUGCAAUUCCUGAGUGUAGAAACUCCUUGCACUUCCUUAAAAUAUAGAAGAGAACGUUUAAGCCACUCAGGUAUGAAAUUUUUCAGAUUACUGAAAUCCUUCUAGCAGAGAUGUUUUAACAUUAUAUUUUGAGAGUUUGGGUGCUGAAGGGCCAAACGUUUCUGGGCAUUUUUUGGCCAGUUUUUAACGUUAAAGCAUUAAUUAGACACUCACCAGAUGUUUACAAGUUUUCUUUAGGGAAGUACAACAAUUACAUGUUCAUAUACAUUUAUUAGAUAUUUAAGUCAUGCUCUUAAAACAUUUAUUGGGUCCAUUCGGUAAGCAUUACAUCUAAUCAGCGGGUUUCUUAAGUAAGAUAGACUGUCAGUUACCAGCAUGUUUUGAGUACCUGCUCUUGUAUAGAAUGUUGAACUAGCUUCUUCCUGCUGUUCAGGACCCUGGUUGCAUUUGCUCUUUGCUCAUCUUUCAGAUGGCUUCUUUUGUUAUAGUCAUACUUGACAUGAGAUGGUAAAAUGUCUAACAUGCCAGAACUGCUCAUAUUAGUUAAUGCCAGGAAAAGUCACCGGCAUACUCUAAGUAUUUCUUUGAUCGGUUAUGUGUGUUCUCCUCAGUAGAGCCUUCAUCUUCAGUUAUGUUUAUGAAGCUUUUGAUUUUUAAUUUCUAGGGACCGAUAUCACUGUUGAUAGUGCAGAGAAGCCCUCCACAUUUUCAGUGCAUAAUUUAGUCUUCUGUAAAUGGCCUUUGUGUUUUCUGAGCAGAAUGUAUGAGGUGUGCCAUCUCACAACCAGCUGCUACCCUGUCCUUUUGAUAUAAGUCGUUUCCUUCACUGUGGCCUAGCUGAUGUCUGAUAAGUAUUGUCAAUGUGCAAAAAGGCUUUACUUAAGAAUGUUUUAUUUAUAGCAAACCAACUCUGAAAAUCUUAGGACACGGUCUUUUUGUGAGUGGAUGUUGUUAACUAUAAUUGUUGUUGCCCAGAGCCAUGGGUUUUUAAACCCCAAAUUAUCCACAUGAUGUGUAUUAUUAAUUCUUUGAACUCUUUAGAAUAAGCUUUUGUGAAAAAAGGACUGUGAAUCAAAACAAUGAGGCACUUGUGGGUGCACUAGAUAGAUUCUGUCAGUAUUGUGAUUCUGUACAGGAUUUUUAAAAUGACAACAUUCACAAAACUUCUUACUUUUUAAGAGUAUCUUAAUAUGCCUAUUAUCUGGUUGCCACUGGUAUAAAAGAAAUAUAUUUGUGUUUUGUUUGUACUAAAACACAAAUGCAAGAGUGCAAUUUUUAAAAUCUAGAAGCUAGGGAUUCUUUUGUUGGAGAAAAAUGGACUGAUCUAAACUAUUCAGCCCUACUAGGAUUUUUAUGCAUUGAAACUGACAUAAAUAUGAAAUAAACAGUGCAAUAUUCAUGGUAAAGUGAGAAAUGGUUAACAUUUGGUUUUAUUUAUUCUACUCAGCAAUUUUAAAAGGUACACUACUAUUUUUUCCUUUUGCUUCUUAAUUUAUUUUUCAAAUUUGUCAUUGAAUUCUUCAGUUGUUAUUUAUUUAAAGUCAAAAUAGCAUUUAAAAUUGUUUUUGCAUGUAAGAUGUGUACUUUACAAGUGAGAAAUUAUUUUCCUUUUUUUGGUUUUCAAACAAAUGAAAGUAAGUUUAUUUGUCUUACAUAAAUCUUAAUUUUCAGACUUCCUGGAUACCUUAGUUGUAACUGUCAGUGUUGCACUGGUCAGUAUGUGGAAACACAUUGUUCUACCCCAUUACUUAAUGUUUAUUUAAAAGUGAAAUUACAUUGAUGAGGAAUUUAUUAAAAAUAUAUUGUAUUUCUUUUGAUAUUACAGAUGGUUGCACAUGUAAAAUUGAUUUGUUAAAACAUGCUACAUGCCCAAAAAUAAAGAUGAGAAUGACAUUUUUGACAA